CUGAGUUAUGCGUUUUAACUAAAAGUAUAAAAGAUUAGAAAAAAGACUCUUACAUCGUUCUUCCUCUGAAAUAUCGUAGGCUUAUAAAACGGCAGUAUGAAUCCCUGCAGUCAUCUUCUUCUGGUAUUAAUUUCCGUUUUAGCUGUCGUGCCAUUAGCAGCUGGUUCUCAGCUAGAAUUUCGAGCCACUCCUUCAGCUAUUCAUCCAAUCCUGACAACAACAUUCCAACUGCGUUGUUCUUUACAGACUUAUCCAUGGAUGAAAGAUGUUGCUAGCCCUCAAGUGACAUCAAACCCAUUUCUGAAGUAUGUGACAUAUGCUAACUAUUAUACAACUCCUUACUACUACGAUUGGCAAAGUACUGACACUUCUACUCCUUACUAUUACAACGGGCAAAGUACUCCAUCGUCUACACCAAGCGCUGUGAACGCAGACGUGGCUCACAUUACGUCCAUUCUUAUCACCAAAGUCACCAACUUCGGCCGUCGAGAAGCUGUGGCCAGUGUGACCCUGUUUGACCCUCCAACUGCUGAUGGAUACUACGCCAGCCAGGCUCAAGUUGAAGGGAGUUGUGAACGAUCUCCGUUCAAUGGUGAAAAGGGCUAUCUCCUUGUCACCUGGACCAGGCCACUCCAAGAACAAGCGGGAGAGUACUUGUGCGAAAUAUCAGGUCUAAGCAGUGACAAACAUCCGGUCACACUGCAAUCGAAUGUUCAGAUCUCCUUCUCUCAGCCUACAGUUUCGGAUCUCAUCGGCUACAUCUCAAACAACGAGAUGCGAAUUUCACAGCUGGAGAAAGAGAACAACCUACUGAAGCAGGAAGUCCUGACUCUAAAUACCAGUGCACCGGUGAGUUCAGUGGGCAAUAUCAAAGCGCAACACAUCCAACAAGGAUCCGGGGAAUGUAAUUAUUAUUACAGCUCGUACCAUUGGGUAAACUUUUACCCCCCUUACACGAUGACAACAACUCCUAUAGUAUUUCUUUCUGUCACCAACUGGACAACCUCGGGUUAUUCAGCCAGAGCGAGAGUUACUGCCCAUAGCAUUAAUAACAAUGGGUUUAAUUUGGAGUGUGAUGUGUACGAUGCCACCUUACAAUACGAGUGGUUGGCCAUAGACAAUUAAACAAGUCACAGUAUCCAUAAGGAUAGAUUCAACAAGCCAUAGCGGAUACAGUAUCCACGGAGAUAGAUCAACCGACAACAUAAAUACCUUUAUUUUUCAAAUAAACAGAUUUUUUUUUAAAAUGGUAACUAUAUAAGCUUAUAAUGACCAUACUAUAAUGAUACAUUUUCAUGAGACUGUUUACUAAUUAUAGAUCUAAAUGUGUUAUUUCACUUCUGUUUUUUUUUAUUAAUAUGAUUAUUUUGCAUUUUCUUUCAAAAAAAGAUAAACAGGCCUAUAUAGCCAAUUAUAUAUAGAAAAUAUAAUCAUAGCCUGUUAUAUAUAGGCCGAUAUAUGUAAUAAUUAUUUGAAGCUUUCAAAAAGAUAAUGCUCUAUAGGGGAAAGUGGGUUAAUAUGAGAUACUUAACUUUAAAGAGGUAUAAAACUUAUAAAUGAUAUAUUUUUACCAAAAGCUAAUAUAAAAUGGAUUCAGUAUAUAUGAAAUAAACCUUUCACUAAAGAUUA